ACUGUUUUAAAGCUGAGAUCUAGGUUGAAUCUGAAAAAUUCAUUAUUAAUUUAAUUAAGACAAAUAAAAUUAUAAACGGUGGAACCUUUAAAAAAGUUUACUGUUAAAAAAAAGUGUACUGUAAAAUUAAUCAUAGUUAUAAAAAUUGCAAAUUAUCCAUUAACAGUACAAUAUGUUUGUAUAAAAUAAAGAUAUUUUAAUAAAUAUGCCGGAAGAUACAAAGACGCAGGGUAAAAAUAAAAAUGGUCCAAAAGAGCAACGUAAACGUCGAGGCCGACAAUCUGGUCCUGAAAUAAAGCAAGAAAAAGUAUCUGAGACAGCAAAACCUUCAACUAAAGCUCUGGAGAAAUCUGAAAAGCCUACAUAUGUACCACCGCCUCCAGAAUUUUAUAAGAAUCUAAAAAAAGAAACUGAUGAAAUACUCAAAAUUACGGAGGAAGAAAACUCAAAGUAUAAAAAGAAAGAAAUACUGAGUAAUUGGGCUAAGUAUGAGAUGCCCAUAGAGAGUUAUGAAGAAAUUGAUGAACAAGAGAAUUUGGGUGCUGAUUAUGAAACCUUAGCCAACACGCCAUUGUCUAUUGGAGGUCAUUUUCAAUUUAAACAUGAAAAAUCAUGGGAUGAAAACAGUGGACCAUCUCCUUAUGAUAAGUAUUUUGAUAUCAAUAUGGAGAACUUAUAUACAGCCCUAUCAAGCAUACCAUUUUUUGAAAGAAAUGAUAUAGAUCAAUCUAUCUUUAGUGAAACAGACAUUCAAAAUAUGACCCAUCGUGCAAUGAAGUUUAAACAAAAGUACUACAAUGAUAAGAAAUAUAUGACACCAGAGAUGGAGGCUCAAGAAAUAAUACUAAAUAAAUUGGCUAUACAUGAUGACACUAAGUAUGUAGAGGCAACUAAUAAUAAAGAAAUUGAUGUUCUACCUGAUAUUAAUUCAGAAAAUAAAGAAGUUGGUAUUAUAGAUAAUUCUGAUAACAUUGAAAUACAAGAACCUAAUACUAUAUUACAAAGUGAAGAUGAUAUCAAUGAACCUAGUGAAAUUACUGAACCACAAAUUUGGAAAGAAAAAGACAAUUUGAAACAUGUAUUAGAUAUGGAAGAUAAUAAAGUACCAAUUGAAAACAAUAUAGAGGUUGAACAGUUGUUUGAAAGUAAAGUCACUGCUUUGAAACCAAAGAAUCCUGUCAUAGAAUCGCCUGAAGAUCUUGAAAAAUGGCUUGAUGACUUCUUAGAUGGAUAAUUUCGUCAUGCAUGUGUACUAAUUAUGAUCAGUCAUUUAUUAAAAAUAUUUAUUCUACUAAAAAUAAUUACUAUAACACCAAUAUUGCUAUUACCUGUAGAUAAUAUGUACCUAUAUAUAGUUUUUUAUUUUACCGUGUCAUCUGUGUAGCUUAGUGGCAGUGAUGUCCAGGGUUUGCUAAUUUCUAUGUUGGUUAGCUUAUAAAGCUUAAUGAAAAUCAAUGCAAACAUUUAACUGAUUUUGGUAGGGUGUAAUUUGGCAAAAUCGAAAGUAAAAAAAAUAAUAUAAGUAUUAAAAUAAUUAUUGAAUAUGUCGAAAUUUAUUACACACAUGAUAAGUAAACUAAGUUAUUGAUGCAAAAUAUGGUUGUGACAAAAUUGAUUAGUCCGCAAUCCGCACGCAAUGUAUACGUGUUGUGACUAGAUUACGGCGCUUUUGUGGUACAUGUUGCAUUAAUACAAAAGCUAUACAAGUGAUAUAAAAAUAAAUUUUUGGAAAAAAUAUUCUUAAUGUUAAAACGAAUUAAA